CGAGAGAAGGAGAAGGAGGAGGGGUGGAGACAGACAGAGCGAGAGAGAGAGCGACAGUAAACUCUUCCAGGCGCUCAGAUCUUGGUUGUGGUGGAGACACCCAGGGGCAGAGCAUUCCUAAGGCAAGCAGCCAGACGGAGCGAGAAUACAGAAGCCGCGACAUCCUUCAUACCUCUUGGUCACCACGUCGGACUGCCUCUGACCUCUUGUUCUUGACGGACUGUCCUUACUUCCUGUCACAUACACACACAUGCGUGCAAGCGCUGCCUUGCAUACACUGGGAGUACUCUGCUACUGUGUCAGAAGUAAAGGCAGGGAAGCUGUGAGAUCUUAACACAGACAGAAGACUAAAGGCAGUGAAAAGAAGAUCUUUUUUUCUGGAAUCAGUGCCAUGCAACGUUAAGCUGAGGCAAGCCAAACUGAAGUGAGUCCGUUUGGAAGACCAUCUUACCAAUCACCUUGCCCCGCUUGGUCGCCAAUGGAGCUCAAAGUGUGGGUGGAUGGAGUAGUGCGGGUGGUAUGUGGCCUAUCGGAAGAGACAUCCUGCCAGGAUGUGGUCAUUGCUCUGGCCCAAGCCAUAGGUCAGACAGGUCGCUAUGUCUUGAUUCAACGUCUUCGGGAUACAGAGAGACAGUUGCUUGCCACAGAAAGACCCCUUGAGUCUGUGGCCAAGUUAGGCCAGCAUGGGAAUGAGGUUCAGUUCUUCCUACGUCGCACUGGCCCGAGCAGCAGCGAUGGGCCUGGCUCAAAACAAGACAAACUGAGCCCUCUCCCCCUGCCAAAAUAUCCUGAGCAGGACCUCUCAAAAUGCAACCAGCCCAAGAAAUCUCUCACCUUUAACUUGGGGCCAUCCACUUCUCACAGAGCCAAACCUUUUCAGAGGUCUCCUCGGGACUCCCCUGAGCAAAGAGCCUCGCCGUCAUCUUCUCCCAUCCCUACUACCCAUCAUGCUCCAUCUCCCUCGCCACCAAUAGGCCCAUCCAAAGAGGAGGUUUUUAGGAAGGUUCUUCAGCAGCAGGAAAGACUGAGGGCAAUCGAAGAACAGCUGGAAACCCUAGAAAGGGAGUCCAACACUCGAGAGCGCCACUGCUCCUCUCCGUGUCCUUCACCUAUGUCCGUCCACUUCCAAGAGGAGUUGGACACUUUGGAGCAAACAAUGCGGAAGAACCAAGCUGAGCUCGCCCACGAGCAGUACUGGGAGGAAGAGCUUCAAGCUGAGACGGAGAGGGAGCAAGAAAUGAGGAGAAAGCUAGGAGAGCUCCACACAAAGCUGGAUGACUGCGGAAGGCGUCUCCACGAGUUCUCUGUGCGCUCCACACAGCUGGAGCAAGAGAUCCAGCAGGAAAGUCAGUUGGAGGCCAAAAGCAAAGGGCCAGAGGAAUCACUUAAUGCUGUGAAAGCAGAGCUCUGGAGCCAGGAGACGCAUGGAACAGAGUUAGAGGUGCAACUAUCUGAGACUGAUAAGGCUCUGGGGAAGGCAGAGUCUCUGCUGCAGGGCAAACAUGAGGAGCUGGAGGAGUUGAACAAGGAUCUGCGGCAAUGUAACCUGCAGCAGUUUAUCCAGCAAGCCGGCGUCUUGCCUGCGCACAGCCACUCGCGUACGGAUCUUCAAGAGCAACUGGAGCAGUUGGAACUGGCACAUCUUCUGCAGGAUGGAUACAGGAAUGGAAGUAGUGGUAUGACUGCAGCGGAAUCACCGCCUCGUCCCACUGCCAAACAGUUCCUGGGUCAUCCGCGUAACUUGCAGAAUCCCCUGGUGUCCAGUCUCAACCCCGAGGUCUUGACAUCCCAAGAGUCGUCAUGGCGAUAAAACAUGGACCACAAGGGCAGAAACUUGGUCACUUGUUAAAUAUAAUCACCGUCUAUUUAACCCCUGUGUAAUUCUCAUAUAUAUAUAUAUAUAUAUAUAUAUACUGUAUAUACAUAAGACAAAUUAUUGACAGAGUUUUGCUACUGUAAACACGACAAGCUAUCUGUGUAAAAUGUAAGAUAAUUUAGGAAACUUUUACAUAGACCUAUUAUUAUUAUGUAUUUAAAUUUA